AUGUUGCAUAGAUAUUUUCUAAGCAUUGCAAAAGAUUUAUCACAUUUACCUUCUUAUAUUUAUUAUGGAAGAUUCAACGUUGUAAAAAAUUAUUGUUUAGAUGAUGAGAUGGAAAAAUUAAAUAGUAUUUUUAAUUCAUAUUCAAGUAUUAAUGGUAUUUUGCAGAAACCAUUUAAUGCUUUAUGCUUUAUGACAUAUUUUAAAGGAUUCAGUUCUCAUGAAUUGUGUAAUUACUUUUACUACUGGUUGGGAAAUAAUAUAAUUGAUAAGGUAAAUGGUGAUGAUGAUUUUAAAGAAAUCGUAUCUUUAUUUUAUCAUGGAAUUAGAAUAGUUGGUGCUUCAAAUAGAUGUCAAAAAGAUUUUAUUAAAGUUACAAAAGAUGAGUUUAGAAAAAUAAAAUGGGUCUUUGAUUAUAUUUCAAAUUAUGAAAGUCUUAAAUAUGCUCUAAAUAAUGACACUAAGCUGUGUUUUCCAGCUCUUAAAGAUUAUAUUGAAGAGUCUCAAUCUAUAUAUAAUAAAGUAUAUGAAGAAUGUUCUACAAAUAAAAGUACACCUUCUUGCGAUUUAUAUAAGAGAAUCUUUCCCGAUUACAAAAUUGGACCAAAAUUAUAUCCUUUAAAUUGUAAUGAAAUUAAAGAGACACAUUCAUUACAAAACAUAAGUACAUCUCCUAUGCCAGUAGAAGAAAUAACUUUAACGCAUUCGAAUAAUGUUAGAAGCGUAUCGUUUAAACUCUUAUAUAGUAUGUUUAUAAUUUUCAUGAGCAUAUCCAUUAUAAUUCCUUUUAUACCAGCUGGAAUGUGGGCACAUAAAUUUAUUAGAGGUUAUGGAAGCUUAUUUGAAAAAAUAAAAAAUAUAUUGAAAUCAAAUAUAAAGCACCAUUUUUAUGAGUCCGAAAAAUUAAAUUCGUAUAGACACUAUUUUAACAUAUCAUAUAUCCUAGAAUAA